CGCCGCAAAGCAGAUGUGAGCUCCCGGUUUGAUGCCGCCGUUAAUGACCCCUACCGGCAGAAAAUCGAUCCUCGCCGCUGCGGAGUGCUUUACUCGAGAGUCCCCUAGCUGGAGCCAUGCAGUCCUUCAGAGAGCGGAGCGGUUUCCAUGGCAACCAGCACUGCUACCAGCAGGAACCCCAUGAAUUAUCACGCCUUGAGAGUUACAGACAUCAUCACGGCCAAGCCGGACAGGGCUACGAGGCGCACUCUCUCGCCGCUGCAGGGAUGCCAGUGGCAGCAGGAUCUAAGGACUGUUAUGGGCAGCAGACCUAUCCCAGCUAUAGCGGCGGUUCGGCUCAGACCAAGAAACCGUACAGAGGAGGCAAAGCUCAAAGCCAGCACCUGCAGGCCGGAUACAGUGGCCACGUGAGCUCUGGGUACUCAGCCCAGUACGUGAGUGAGGGACAUUUACAGCAGAAGUGGGAAGAGCCUGCUCAAAUGGCUCAGUAUGAACAGGACAUGGUUGGGCGUCUCGAGCCAGGGAUCAGUGGGUCGACCCAGUACCUCGAGCAGAAUCUGCUAACCAUUUCUCAAAGCCAGUGCCAUCUCCCCUCUGCCCCUGUCUAUACGAGUGCCCAUCAGCAGGGGCACCCCUCCAACCCCACUCCGUCACCUUUGAUGUACCCACAGAGCCACCUCCACUUCCCCCAGCACUCACAACCAGCCUCCUCCACCUCAUCAUCUUACAUGGAGAAAUGCAAUCCAAUUCCUCAUGGCUACAAAAGUGGCUAUGGAAUGCCACCUAAUGCCCAGUAUUCGAGGCAGCUGGGUAACCACAGCAGUCUGAAGCAGAGUGGCUAUCGACCGCAAAAUAAUUAUGGCUACCAGCAGCCUCCUUCCAGAACUGGAUUUGAACAGCAGGCUCCCCUGCAAGGGAUCCCAAAUACACCAGAGAGCCUACAGAAAUUCCAGCAUUACAAUCAGCCCCAGCAGAACUACUGCAUCAGUGAUAUUUCUGUAAGGUCACCUGAACAAUACUACCAGAACUGCAGUCCAAGCUCCAGCCACUCACCUGCACGGUCUGUGGGCAGGUCUCCAUCAUACAGUUCCACCCCUUCUCCCUUAAUGCCCAAUCCUGAUACGUUCCAGUAUGGCCAGGCAAUCAACCCUGCAGUUUCUUCCUCUUCUGCGGCUCUGCAAGACCAGAGCAUGUUGAUGCCUCCACACACACACCCAUCCCCCAGUGUGAACCACCAGUCUCAGAGCUACUCGAGCUCCAUGAAGGACCGUUUCUCUGAGAAGCUCUUGUCUAACCCGAGCUUGUGGAGCCUCAAUGCUCUAACAUCUCAGGUAGAGAACAUUUCGAACAACGUCCAGCAGUUAUUGCUCUCGGAAGCUCUCUUGGCCAACAAAAAGUGUAGCAAACGAAACCAGCCAAAAAAGGGAGAAGACUACAGGGGCCAGGUUAGGGCUAUGGAGGAUUCUUCAUGUCCUGAUAGCCAACAUGGUCCUCUUCCCACUGAUCCCUAUGGCACCGCAAGGGGUAUGCCAGCUGACUUACAAGAAGGUGGUUACUCCAGCAGCACUGAAGACCAGAUGGAAAGAAGCUACUACUACUUUGGUCAGGGCAAAGGGCCAACACAGGCCUCAGCACAUUCCCAGCUGACCCUGGACACAGUGUCCACCUGCUCCAUGAACUCAACAGACGACAUGUCCAUCAGAUCAGGUGACUCAGUCCGGAGUCUGCAGAGCGCAGUCUCUGAGGACAAUCUUAGCUGUGACCCAAGGGUGCAAAGAGUGCCAUUCGGAGAGGAGCAGAACAGUUCUCUCAGGAGCAUUACAGAUGAGAAGUCCCCCAUUAGUGUAACCGUGCCAAGCCCUAUGAAACAGGAGAGUAAUUCUCCACUGGACAUAAAGCGGUCUGAGAGCAGUCUGAGGGAGAACUUUGAGAAAUCUGCUUGGACCGAAAGGAUGGCUAAUGAAAAGGAAACUGGAAAGAGAAAGUUCUCCCCAGAACAUGAAUUCAAAGGAGGUAUUAUUGAAGUAGCUGAGAAACAACAGGAGUGGUCAGAGGAUAAGAAGUGUCCCUCCCUUUUCCAUAAAAUAAAUAAAGUAGUUUCAGAAGAAAGCUACGAUUAUGAAAUAGAAGACACUGUCUACCAGGACCUGAAAAACAAAUAUGAGGCUGAGGAAAGAGACUUGGAGAAGGACUGUGGUCUUUUAGACAUGAGCCUCAAGGGAAAUGGGGAUUCAGAAAUUAAAUCUGAAAUGUUCAAAUCAGAAUCACAGCCUACAGUGGAGAGCCCUGUGACAACAUCACUAGCUAUUUCAAGGGAUAUCUUUGAGUCCAAUAAAUAUUUGCCUAGGAAAGAAGAAAACUCAGAUGCACCUCAUCUCAUCUCUCAGAGUGAGUCUUCAGAGGAGAGGCUGUUGGUCUCUGAGAGACUGGAUUCCUUUGAGGAGCAACAAUCAGUCUCAUCCCAUCCAGCUACUGAGCUACGUGAGAAGAGGUGCCUAUCACUCAUUGAGGAGGUGAUCAAUAAUAAAGCAAAACCAGAGGAGCCCCAUGCAGAGGCCUGUAAUAAUGCAGGGGAGGUGGGAGGAGCACGACUGGGCAGCACAGAAACUGUGGAAACCGCUGUCCAUGACACAGCCCACAGAAGCAGUGAAAGGAGGUCAGCCAUAUGUGACACUGCACCUCAGUCUCACUCCGUCAAGAAUGGCUUCUCAGCUCUCAAUGAGAAAACAACACCUCAGACUCAGGCGAGGGAUCACAUCGAUCGCAGCGAUGCAAAGGUGCUGGAGCCUGACUCUCCUCAGUUGCCAGGCAAGUCAAUACUGCACUCUGCACCAUCUUGGGCUGAUACUCCACCCUCCCCGCAGAAAGGAGAUGGUGAUAUAGAGCCAGGCAUAAGCUGCCCCAGUGCAGUUACACCAUCAGCAAAACCAGAGCCCUUGUCCCCAUCUGCUCUUCCGAGACUGCUGGGCAGGAAGCAUGCACGGGGUAGGAGGAGACUAAUCCAUUCCAAUGGAGGGAUCAGGAGACAGAUGAGUGUGGAGGGAGAUGGGGCCCCACCAUCUCCUCAAAAGCCCAGCAUCCCCUCAAGUAAUAGUGCACUCUUCCCUGAUCACAUGGGCACUGCUCAAUUGGACAUUAGCAGUCAAACAACAAAAUUUCUCACAGAUGGUUGUUUACCAUCCCGAAUGUGUACUCGCUCUUUUGGGUCGCAGACAGGCCCAAAGGUUUGCUCUCAAGAGAGGAGAAAACCAGGCCCAAAGCCUAGUUCAAAACCAGGUCCAAAACCUGGCCCGAAGCUUGGUCUUAAACCUGGUCCAAAGCCUGGUCUAAAAUCAGCUCCAAAACCAGGUCUAAAACCUGGUACAAAACCAGGCCAAAAGCCAAGUCCUAAACCUGGUCCAAAGCCUGGUUUAAAGUCCGGACCCAGACCUGGCUCUAAACCUGGAACAAAACCAGGGCCAAAACCUGGGGCUGUGCCAAGUGUAAAACUUGGUCCAAAGUCAGGUCCAAAACCUGCAGCUAUACCUGCUUUGAAACCUAGUCCAAAACCUGGGUCAAAGCCUACUGAAGGAGGUAUUCCCAAAGGACCCGGUCGACCAAGAGGGUUCGCUUCUAAGAUCAAACCAAUGAAACAUGAAGACAAUGUGCAAGCUAUUACAGAACAUAUCAAAGACACAGGUUCCAUCAAUGAAAGCACUGAACAACAAGAAAACACAGCAGUCACUCUGGACACUGUUGUUAGCACUAAUGUAGACAGCACUGCAGGCUCCACUUUAGAGACUGCUUUGGAUACCACUUCUGUAAAGUCUGUAGCAAAAGAGCAAAAGACCAUGGUAUUAAGGUCUCGGAAACAAACACAAAGAAAAUUCACAGAGGACAUAGAAAAAGGAAGAAUGACAUCAGCUGAGGCAUUAGCAAUGAAGCUCACUGAGACACCAAUACAGGAAGUGGCUCAGCCAUGUGAAAACCAAACAUCAGACCUAAAACCUUCCAACCGUGAGGAUAGCUGCACAGAUUCAUUAAGUCAACCUAAUGAGGAGAUCGUGUCUGUUUCAAUCAAAAGAAAAUCUAGUUUACAUUCCCCAGACCCAGUCAAGAAAAAGAAAAAUGUGAAAGUUAGUUUAACAACAACACAAAAGCCCCCAUUACAAACCACACUGGUGGGAGCUCGAGCAUCCAGGGGAAGGCGAAAGCGUGGACAUAAAUUAGAACCAUCUAUAUGCAGCAUUCUUGCCAAAGAUAACCCUCCCCCUGAAGAUAUCAGUGACACACCUUGUGUGCCUCCUCAGUGUCCCACUAAAACAAAAUACCUGCCUCCAAGGAAAGGUAGAGGACUCAAAUAUGAAGCCUUGGUUCAAAAAAUCACAUCCCCAGCAUCGAAAAAACAGCUUCUAACUGUCCAACCAGAUGUGCCAGAACAAGCAACGUUAAAGCCAGCACCAGAACCACAGGUAACAGAACACAGAGAGAUAGGAAUUACCCCCAAGGUGGCAAUCGAGGAGGGUGAAAGUGCAGUAAGCAUCGAGGAAAGCCCAGACACAGCAUUUAUUCAAACGCCUAGGAAGAAGCGUAAAAAGUGGGCCACCAUGGAGAAAGCUGAGACACCGGACAUGGCACCGGCGACUGGGAGCCUCAUUAUCAACACACCAAGAUUAGCCAAACAGAGAGCCAUCAAAAAUAACCACGAGAUGCACCUGAAGCAGAGGAAGAGGAGGAAAGGCAGCGAGCUCGUGGAGAGUGAGCCUUUGGUGGAAGAGCAGGAGCAGAUUCAGACUAGUGUAGUCAUGCCUCCAGCAGAGCUUCCACCCUCCCCACCAGCAGGAUCCUCUCCCUUUCUAGAGAACGAGCGGCCCCCUGCGGAAAUAAGUUCAACAAUUACUAAACCCAAAAGAGGGAGGCGGCCAUCAUUUAAAAAGAAACAGGAGGAGGGUCAGCCCAUGGACAAGGAUGAAAGUUUAAAAGUAAAAAAAAAGCCUGGGCCUAAAAAAAAGAUCCAACAGAAUAGUAACGUCAUCAAACUCAUUGUAAAGGGACUUAAGACAAAGAGCAGAAAAGAACGCAUUCCAACUGUGAAGGGAAAACUCUCUGAUUUCUUGACAACACAAAGUGAAAGCAAAUGUUCUUUCAGACCAUAUGUACGUAUUGACAGCUCCAGAGAGCUCGCCUCCCAUUGCACAAUAGUAAACAGGCCGGAGGAAGAGCAGCUGCUCAUCCAGUCAAGUAAAACGAGCUUGGUGAAAGUAAAAAAUCUAGUUACAGUUACAAAGGCAAUACCACACUCUUCAGUAAUGCUCCAGGGGCCUUUAGUUAACAAACGCCAAACUGACAGGUGUGUACUGUGUUGCCUGUGUAGAAAGCCAGCAAAUUACAGAGAGCUCGGGGACUUGUGUGGACCAUACUACUCCGAGGACAGUAUACCACGGAAAACACUGUCUUCAGUGUACCAGGACGACUUCAGGCAAAGCAGAGACAGAGAAAAAUGCAAGAUGGGCGACUGCAGUGCAGAGUCAAGCGAUGUUCUGAAAGGAGAAGGCGGUAAGAACUUGCUUCAAGAGGGGACAUAUGAAGGUGACUUCGGGCAGCUGAAGAGAGAAAGAAGGACACAGCUUAGAAGUCGUCUCGGCCUGCGGAUUAGGUGCAAAAGGCUGCAGCUGUUGCACAGGGGAGCCGGUGGAGCGGCUCCCUCUGCUGGUGAGGAGGUCUGUGACUUUGCUCUGCAGAGGUUGCAGCUGGAGGCUGAGACCAAGGAACACUGGGCACACGAGGCUUGUACCAUCUGGACCAAUGGCGUGAUACUUGUUGCAAGCAAACUUUAUGGACUGAGGGAAGCAGCACAGCACUCUACAGUCACUAAAUGCUCAAAGUGCCAGAUUGAGGGGGCCUCCAUUGAGUGCAGCUGGAGUAAUUGUACCCACAAGUACCACUAUGUCUGCGCCAAAGAGACAGGCUGCACAUUCGAAGAGGACACAUUCUUGAUAAAAUGUCCAAAACACAAGCCCAUGUAAGCUGUAGGACGCAGAACCCGCGAGACGUCACCUGCGCAGCGUCGUGAGGACGAGUUUGCGCGUCGCCGCCGGCAACCGGACCCGGGGACAGUGAAACUGGGGCUCCGGUUGAAGGGGAAGUAUAAACAUACUGCAGCAAUACUGACCCGAGAACAGAUCAUUCACAUCAUCGCCACCCACCGCCAUCACCGCGUCCGCCCUGCCAAGGCCCCCGUGAUACUGCCUCGCCCGUCCCCUGCAGCCCACGCCGCCACGGACGCCACCCCUCCAAGAGGACACACACACACACACACACACACACACACACACACACACACA